UCGGUCAGAAUUGGCGGGUCGCAAAGGCUCUGUGUAUCUUUUGUCUGAGUGACUAACAUUACGGAGACUAGAUCUACAAAAACAUUGUGCAAAACCUACUUUUUCGCAGAUCAUUUCAGACUUCUUGCUGCACUUUUAGACGAACUAUUUGAACACUCGUUUGGGUGUUGCUGCGUCGUUAUUUUAUUAAUCUAAAGCUCUUUUGACGUUGACAAGGAACCGGAAGGUUCCGCAGAAUCUACUCGACGAACAUGAGCCAACCAACAGACACCACCAGUGCCCCCUCAGAACCCCCUCAAACAGACAAGCUGGCGGCCGUCGGAGGCAAGAAACAGAGCAAGAAGAAGGUGGAGGAGGUGGUGGAGGAGGAAGAGGACGAAUAUGUGGUGGAGAAAGUUCUGGACAGACGGGUGGUGAAGGGCAGGGUUGAGUACUUGCUCAAAUGGAAAGGCUUCACAGAUGAGGACAACACAUGGGAGCCCGAAGAUAACCUCGACUGCCCAGAUCUGAUAGCAGAGUACCUACAGUCACAUAAAAAAGCUGCAGAUGGGGAUAAAAAAGACGGCAAAAGGAAAGCAGGCGAGUCAGACAAUGAGGCAGGCAGUGAAGACAGACCCAAGAAGAGAAAAGAUGAGCAGGAGAAGCCCAGGGGUUUUGCCCGGGGAUUGGAUCCUGAGCGCAUUAUUGGAGCCACAGAUUCUAGUGGAGAACUGAUGUUCCUUAUGAAGUGGAAAAAUUCGGAUGAGGCAGAUCUUGUGCCGGCAAAGGAAGCCAACGUGAAGUGCCCGCAGGUCGUCAUUUCUUUCUAUGAGGAACGUCUAACGUGGCAUUCAUACCCCACUGAGGAGGAAGAGAAGAAAGAUGACAAGAACUAACCAACAGGCAAAAGUGAGAUUGCAGGUCAGAAAGGUCAGGGUGGAAAAAAAAGAGAGUGGGUGGUAUUGGGGUCAAGAUGGCAGUUAUAACAAGAAGUGUGAAGACUGGGCAGAAACGUGUUUGCUCUUUUUUAGCUUUCUUGCCAUAAACCUUGGACACUUGAUACUGUGGAGAACACACAACCAUGCAGAGUCAUCGGGCGGAGUCAUCUGCAGAAUUUUCUGAGUUGUGAAGUCCUUAGGGAGAUGAAAUGUAUGUUUGUGUAAUAAUUGCAGAAACUCUUCUCAUUUAAUGUUUCUUUUUUUCUGUUGGAUUAUGGGAAUUGUAGUCUGCCAAGGUACCAGAUGAUACUGAGUGGGUGGUCUCAAAAGUUAGUAUUUUUACCUUGAUAUUGCACGCAUUUCCUUUGCUAAUGCAAGGGCCGCUUGAUGUUCAUGCAUAAAGAUAAAUGUUUUCCCCAUUUAAUUGUCUGGUUUGUCACUUGAGCUGCUCAUACUGUUUUUAUACAUAGAUAUAUAUACAUAUAUGCUUUAUGUUGAGUUUGUAUCAGGGUUUAAGACUGGGCCCCCACUGUAUUGUUUCACAUGCUAUUUACAGGCCUUAUUGGAGCUUUUUCAAGAAAGAUUCGGUUGUAUGAGACCCAGAGAAGCAACUAAAUCAUCAUUCAAAGAGAGUGUGAAGCUGUUCAUACAAAUACUCAUAGCAUCAAAUAUCACCAAUGCAAUAUUUGACCAGAGAUGUUCCAGCUUAAUCUGAGGUCUGUUUGAAAAAUCUUUUGUUUCCUUAUGUUUAAACACAGUGAUGGCCUUUGUUCUGUUUUGUCUCACAACUAUAUAGUGAAAAAAUCCUUAGUUACUUUAGCAUAAAUUAACAAGAAAUGAAGAUCGCACAAGUUCCAGUCAGGAAGCCCUCAGAAGUAUGUUGAACAUCCAUAUAAUCAGUUUCUCUUGGUGUGCUGUUCCAAGCUGUUUUCUGGAGUACCAAAAAUUGGGUAGUAGAAUUUUCAGUAGAAUUUUUGUCUUGUUUUAGCUGCAUUUCAAAGCUUAAAAGGCUGCUAGUCAUGUAUGCACACAGUGGAAUUUCAUCAAUACAUUUAAGGUCAUGGAUCUAUGGAGCUUUGGAAACUACUUUUCCCAUAAUCAUAUUGGAAACUACUUUUCCCUGUAAUCAUAUUGUGUUUCCUUUUUGUUUAUUGGGCAGCAGAGAGAUUUUACAGUUGACAAUUAUUUUCUUUUAGGUGGCUAGAUUUAUAUAAGGACACCAUUUC